AUGGAAAAGGGUGACGUUGAACUAGAAAUAAUCUCGAAGACGGUUUUAUUGACCUAUACGCUCGAUACUCAAACUGAAUGGACGUUUAAAGCAGUCAACUGCUCAUCCGCGUAUCCAUUAGAGAUUGCAGUAAACGAGAAAAUUAGUGAAGUGAGGAAUUUUCAGUAUCACUCUCAUUAA